AUGACCGGUACCAUUACCAUGGCACCAGACACAGUGCCUAGGCGAGAGGCAAUUAUGUCACUUGUCACUCGUUCGUUCUCGCCGUUGUUUUGCUUCUUACGUGUACCUGGAGCGAACGCACAGAUGUGCACGAGUUCAGACACGGCGAGACACAUUUCUCCGCAGCAGCUGCCGCCGCCGCCGUCGCCGUCGCUGCGACCUCAAACCGUCCUGUGCGCUUUCUGA